AUGUCAGUGAGCGCCAUGUCAGCUGACAACAAGGUCACGACGCGUAACUCGGCUAAGUCAGGAAAACCGGAGGCGCCCGAGCCUGCUUCACUACAGUCUAUUGAUGAUAAGUUGAACUCCAUAAUAAAUAUUCUACGCAAACAUACAGAUGACAUACAGGACAUUAAAAAGGAACAGAAAGAUUUAGCUGCUUCUAUUGAGCUCUGCCAUACUAACAUCAGUGAUGUGAAACAACUUGUAACCGAACAGGGCUCGAAAAUAACUGCUUGUGAGGAUGAACUGGUACGUGUAAAUGAGGAGAAUCAGAGGUUGUGGAAAGAGCUGAAAAGUACUAAGAAAGAACUUAGUGACUUGGAACAAUAUUCUCAUAGAAACAACUUGAUUAUAUAUGGAAUACCGGAAGAUAAAAACGAAAACAUUCAACAUGUCAUGAGAAGAUUGGCUGUCACCCUGCAAUUUGAAAACUGGUCAUCAAGUCUGAUGGAUGCUGUACAUCGGAUGGGAAAAGCUACACAGACUCAGCCCAGACCCAUCAUCGUAAAGUUUGUGAGCCGACUCGAUAAAGAUGACUUCUGGAACAAGAGGAAGGUCAGACGAAACCUCAGAGCUACCGAUCUCGGCUACAGCAGCGAGAACUCUAUUUACAUAAAUGAAUCGCUAACACCUGCCAACCGAGAGCUGCUGAAGAUGACGAGGGAGGCUGCCAAGCAGAAGGGUUAUAACCAAGUGUGGACGACCAACUGCUCCAUCUUUGUACGACGAGAGAAGGGAUCGCCGGCCAUCAAGAUCACGUCUUCCACGGAUCUCCAACGCAUGUAG